AUGACUGAUAGGAAUUUUUCAAUGAAUAACGAUAUGAUACAAAGUAUUUCAAUUGAUCCAUCUGCACUAUUAACAACAUCAACAAUCAAUGCUUUACAUUUUCCGGAUUUAACAACAUCGGGAAUAUCAGAUUCUGGUGGUGGCCGAACAAUGCAUUUAAAUCUUGAUGGCGUUGGCAUGUGUGAAUCAAUGACAGAAAGUUUUUGUUCAGUAGGUGGACAAGACGAAUCCGUGCUAUUCAAUAAUACUAAUGGCCUUCAAAAUGAGAUAGCAACAAGUCAUAGUUUAAAAAGUAUUGGAAAGAAAGAAUCGAUUAACGCACAGAAAAAACGACGUUCACGUAAAGCACAAUACGAUGCAGCAGCCGAUGGAGUUGCACUGGAUAAAAUUGAAACUGUUAAUAUUGAUGAUGAACAAAAUGAGGCUGAUGAUGCUUGGCUAUUUCGAAUACCGGGAGGUGCAAAUAAAAAUGCUUCGACAUCAGAAAAUAUUUUUUCUUGGGUACAUAAAGAAUUCAAAGAAAAUGAUAUUCAUGCAACAAAGCAUCGACUACUUUGUAAACUUGACGAUAUGUCACAUGCUCGUACAAUACGGAGUAUUUCAUGUCAUAAUUUUCCAGCUAAUCAAUCUUCCGAUAGUGUAAAACGAAGUUCAACAGAACAACAAGUUCAUCCAGGUAUAAAUCUAAACGAAAUAAAAUUUAUUCUUCAUCCUCACAUAUCUUCAACGGAUUUAAUUGAAAAUGCUCUUUAUCUAACUGAAUUUUUCACAUUAUCAUCAAAUAAAUCACGUUUAUCAACAUUCAGUUUGGAUAGUAUUGAAAAAGAUCAAGAUAAUUUCGAUCUAUUUCUAUACGAUUCUCUUAAUGAUGAAUCAUCCGAUGAUGGUGAACAAUUUUUCGAUUGUUCAAAUGAUACAAAUUUAGUACAAACCAUUGCGAAAGAAUGUCGAUUAAUCGAACAAUUAACACGUCGAUGUUCAUCAUUGGAUAGUCUCGAUAAUUAUGAUCAUGCCAAAUCUCGGAGUAAGCUGGUAUCCAAUGUUGCUAGAAUGAGUUCGCCAUUACGUACAGUUACUCCUCUAUUUAAUGGAAGUGGAAAUACUCGGCCAACAUCACCUGCUAGUUCAUCGCCACUUCGACACACUGUUGCGAUAACAAAUUCUAGUGCUAAUUAUCCAAAUACUACUGUGCGUUCAAGAGACGUUUCACGAGAACGCGAAAGAGAACCGUUGGAUUUUACAGAUCUUGAAGUGAUGGCCAAAGUACAACUUGAAAAUUUACGUCAAGCUGAACGUCAAGGCCCAUUAUCAAAACGAUUCGGAGGCAGUUCAAAUACUUUAUUAAGUACAGAUUCACGUGAUGUUUCACCUUCAUCCGUUUUUGGUGCUACACGUAAUACAAGUCCUGUUGGUAAUAAUGGUUAUCUAACACCUCGACGCAGUUAUUCGCCAAGUCCCUCAGCGGCCGGACGUAUUCCAAUACGGAAAAAUUCAUUUGUUGUAACAGAAUCUCAAUAUACUCAUGUGUUACCAUCGGUUUCACCACGAUCAGGAUCGCCAGCUAUAAGAACAGGUCAUUGGAGUGGUCGUGAAACACCAUCUGCACUUGAAACUUGUAUGGAAACAUCAUUUAUAGCCUCAAAUAGUUCUUUGCCAUAUCCUUUGUUGCCUAAUAAUGCUGACAAUCCGUUUGUCGAUAGUGCAUCAGAUCAAUCUGGUAAUAAGCCACCUGCCGUACCUAAAUCACUACUUCCAAGAAAUGGUGUUAAACCAAAUAAUCAUCGGCGAUCAAAUACACAAACAAUUUCAACUAAUCUUCCAAAUGGCUAUGAUUUGCCUGAUGCUACUGAUCUGAAGCCAUCGACACCAACGAAUCGCCCGAAUGUUACACCAACAACUAACAAUCGAACACGCCCACCUGUGUCUCGACCAUUACCAAUGUAUCGUGGCUCUCAAACAGCUUACAUAAAUACUAAUAAUAAUCCAAAAGUUCAAGCCCCGUCAACGCUGCAAAAAAAUGUAAAAAAAUCUGCUAAUGAUUUAGGUUUAACAUUUACAGCUAAACAAUUCUCAUCGAAUGAUAAUGGCUUAUUAAACGAUGUAAGUAAUAAACCGUUAACAACACCAACUCGUUCUCAUGGUGCAUUGCAACGACGUACAUCAACACAAUCGUCUAUUGACAAACAUCCGCCGCCGCCACCAUCAUCAUCAUCCUCGGUCGAUAUGGCAACAGCAACUUUGAACAAUGGACAAACAACAUCAAUCCCGCGCAGUUCGUCAUCGUUAAGUCAAGGUAGAAGAAGUGGUAUACCAACUAUUGGCAAACAACAAAGACCCAGUAUACCAACAGCUGCGCGAACGACAUCAACAAAUGUUAUUCAUUCGUCUCAAUCAUCGGACAGUAUGAUGGUAACUCGAAAUAUUCGCACACCUGGAUCAGUAACUCGACCACAAAUUCCCGAUGCCAUGUCACCAACAUCCUCAUGGAAUGAAGGAUGUUACUAA